AUGGCUACAGACCCACAACUCGCAUGCUCCGACGGUGCUGACGCUCCUUUUACGGCGGAUGAAGCAGGAAUGCCGUCUAAGUAUAUACACUGCGGCGGACGACCUAAUACAGGUUCAGCAGAGAUGCUAAUUAGGGUGAAACGGCUUAUCCAAUCGACUGCUAUUCGCAGGCUGAAAAGCGAUGACCUUCAGGCUCUUAUAGUAAUGGACAAGAGAUAUAUCAGGGUAGUAAAAUGCCUUAUCUCAGUAUGGAUUCAAGGAGCAUGCACAUUCCUGCCAGAGCCAAAAAUCAUCGAGACAGGCCACGUUGAAAUCAUUUUUGACCAAGUCUUGGAACCUGUGAUCCGCAACAUUCAAGAUAAGAUCAUGGUGUUGGUUAUCUACUUACUUCGUAUUAUCCCGCCUAUUUAUUUGGAAUCAUUCACAGCGAUACCCGGUACACGAACUGGAUGA